AUGAGCUACGAAAUCGGCACAGUGGUGCGGUCUGGCGUUUAUGCGCUUCUCGCAUCAACAGUGGGAUAUUUCCUCUUUCUUGGUGUUUUGACUAUUCCCGCCUGUCAGAACCAGGCCAUAUAUCUAAACAAAGUCACCUUGACCUGGGGCCAAGAUGUAACCAUCCCCGAGCAAUGGGGCUUCCUUCACAACCAAGUCACGCCUUUCACUCUAGAUACUAGCGAUGGAGAAACGCUGCAUGCCUGGCAUAUCCUCCCACCUGGGCUUUAUCAAGCGUAUGAGAAGGAGCUUAUAGCAGAGCCUGCUGGUAUUGCGCUCGACAUCACUUCUCGGCUGGGAUUCAAGUUGUUGAGGGAUGAUCCAGAGUCUCUACUUGUCCUCUACUUUCAUGGAGCGGCAGGCACACUAGGGUCUGGCUGGCGGCCUCAAAGUUACCGGGCCAUGUCUGCACUCAACCAAGACAAGAUCCACACAGUCGCCAUCGAUUAUCGUGGCUUUGGGAUGAGCUCUGGAUCCCCAUCAGAACAGGGUCUGUUGACCGAUGCUCUCACUUUGGUCAAGUGGGCAGUAGAAGUGGCUGGAAUACCGCCAUCACGCAUAGUACUUUUCGCGCAGUCGCUCGGCACGGCUGUUAGCGUUUCCUUGGCUCAUCAUUUAGCUACCCAAGUCGACCGGCCAAUAUUCUUCUCGGGGAUGGUCCUCGUGGCACCGUUUGCAGAUGUUGAGCUCCUGACGGCUACGUACCGGAUUGGGAGUACAAUUCCACUGCUUGAUCCCAUUGCUCGUUUCCCCUGGCUUCUGGACUUCUUUAAUCGGUUUAUUAUUGCCAAGUGGCCUACUAAGAAUAAGCUCGCAGAGUUGAUACGAUUCUGUGAGAUGUCUUCCGAUGACUCGGCACGGUACGACAUUACCAUUAUCCACGCAGAGGAUGACUAUGACAUUCCUUGGGAACACAGUGACUUAUUAUACUGGCACGCUGUUAAUGCAUCCCUGCCUCAUGGAAUAAGCUAUGAGGAACUUGAGAGGGAAAAGCUAGCCUCAAAAUCGGAUUUACAGGCUGGAGGUUGGGUCGUGAAUCAAGAGACGCAGAAGGGAAGCCUUAGAGAAGCCAUCACAACAUGGGGGCUACAUGAUAAGAUCAUGUCUUAUCCUAUUGUCAGUUUGGCAGUCUCGAGGGCUUUCCAGAAUGGGGACUAA